AUGGCGAUGAACGCUGUGAACAAGAAGGUGGUGGCGUCCAUCAUGGGAGCCACCGGAUCGGGAAAAUCGAAGCUGUCUGUCAGCCUCGCCGCCCGCAUUGGAGGAGAGAUAAUCAACUCCGACAAGAUUCAGGUUUAUAGAGGACUUGACGUUCUGGGUAACAAGAUUCCUGAGGUCGAGAUGCUUGGCGUGCCUCAUCAUUUGCGAGGGCAUGUUGGGAACCCCGAUGAAGAAUACACUGCCCCCAACUUUUGCUUCCAGGCCACGUCGGUGAUCGAGCAAAUGAUCAACUCCGGCAAGGUUCCGAUCGUCGUCGGAGGGUCAAAUUCUUUCAUUGAAGCCCUGGUGGAGGACCUUGUCUGCUUCAUUUCGCUUGAUGUUUCUCCAAAUGUUUUGAACACUUUUGUGUCCAAACGAGUUGACCAAAUGGUUAAUCAAGGUCUUGUUGAGCAGGUACGAGGAAUCUUUGCUCCGGACAAAGAUUACACAAAGGGUAUCCGAAGAGCCAUUGGAGUUCCUGAAAUGGACAAGUAUCUGAGAGCUGAAGCCAACAAAGACAUGUCCGACGCUGAUGAGAAGAAGGCGCUGCUUGAAACCGCCAUUGCUGAAAUCAAGACCAACACCAUAGGCUUAAUCCGCCAUCAAGUAGGCAAAAUCCGGCAGCUCAGGGACGAGUUGGCAUGGCCCAUUCAACGCAUCGAUCCCACCACCGUGUUCCAGAUCGAAGGUGACAAACAGGCUCAAGAAGCAGCAUGGAUGAAGAUGGUUUUCAACCCCAAGCCAGCUUGA